GGGACUCCGCUCCCGCACCCUCCAGGCCGGCAGGCCGCCUGCCUCGCGGCGGGUCCGGCUGCCGCCGCGGGGCGGGGCGCGAAGAUGGCGGACGCGGGCGCGGGCAGAGACAAGUGCGGGGAGCCGCGGCUCGUGUCACUGCCCCUGUCCCGCAUCCGGGUCAUCAUGAAGAGCUCCCCCGAGGUGUCCAGCAUCAACCAGGAAGCGCUGGUGCUCACGGCCAAGGCCACGGAACUCUUUGUUCAAUAUCUAGCCACCUAUUCCUACAGACAUGGCAGUGGAAAAGAAAGGAAAGCACUCACUUACAGUGAUUUAUCAAAUACUGCAGAGGAAUCGGAAACUUUUCAGUUUCUUGCAGAUAUAUUACCAAAGAAGAUUUUAGCUAGUAAAUACCUGAAAAUGCUUAAAGAGAAGAGGGACGAGGAAGAGAAUGACAGCGAUGAUGGGAGUGCUGGGGAUGAAGCAGAAUCGUAGACCAAAGAGGAAGUGCCUUAGAAAUCAGCCUGCUGAGGACCCUCCUGGAUUAGCAGCAUUGCUUGGAAGUAAGCACAACACUGUGUGACUUCAGACUCCUCACUUUUCAGAGACUUCAAGUGCAUUGGAUUCCUUCCUGGCUAAGAUAGAGCACCUGAUGUGCCCACACCAUAAAUGGCCAGAAGGAAAGUGACCCAGACAGCAGCCUCUCUCUGAGGGGCCCACGUUGCAGUUUGAGGGGGACACAGGGGCACCAAGAGAGCUGCCUGUACACUCAGGCCCUGACUGUUGAUCUGCAGCUGUAAGCUGUAGAGACAGACAAUUUUGCUUCACUUUUUAACUUACAGAUAGAUAUUGAAGAGCUUCUAAAGACCAGUUGUGUAAAUUCAUAGAUGUAUAUUUGGAAAUUAGUUCUUGUAAACAACUAGAUGUAGUUUGAGCUAAAUAUAUAGUUUGUGGGUAGUAUGUUACAUGUGAAAAUUUGACGAUUUGUCCAAAUACUGCGAUUUUAUUAACUGUAAAGAAAUAAAUUUCUUUAUUAGAAGCUGUAUGUAGUUUUAUAGUAAAUGCUUUGUGGAAUUAGUUUUAGAGCUCUCUGUUGUUCUGAUGUCUUGCUUAUUACCUGAGACUUCUGCAAAACUUAAAAAUAAGCAUUUCUGUGGUGCCUGGGUGGCUCAGUUGUUAAGCGUCUGCCUUUGGCUCAGGUCAUGAUCCCAGGGUCCAGGGAUCGAGUCCCACAUUGGGCUCCCUGCUCAGC